UUGAUAAGUCCAAUAUCACGAGUUUCCGAGCAUGUGCAAGAGAUGGUGGUUUGCUUUCCUGGUUCUGUUUGACAUCAGGUGCCACACGAUGCCCACCGACAAGCCGCUCCGGCAUGAGCGAAUGGGAGGCAUUGUCACUCUCCAAAAAAUACGUGGGAUCACGAGCAGACAUCGCGUGUUUGUUGUGGGGAACAGGUAAUGGCCCUGUAAUUUACCCCCCUGGAAUGUGAAGCUGUCUGUCGGCCCGUGCAACAGGGCAGCUCAUUGCCUGCUCGGUCGAGGCUGGAGCAACACCACCUGGCUCAAGAGACCCGACUCAACUUCUCCUCCCACACUUGGAAUGAUUGAACCCUGACUCUUCCUUGCUCAAUCACCUCCAGGUUUUUGCCAUGUCGGCCACGUCGCCGCUCUUUCCCGGAGGACCCUGAGCAAGGAUUUGAAUUUUGCGCCCACCUGCUCUGGAAGCCGGUCGGGGUGGUUUAGGCCAUUUGGACUUUUUUUUGCUUAAUUGGAAGGUGUUCCGGUUUCGUCGCGCGCGGUCAGUCGCUCAGUGCUCAGUCAGUCAGUCAGCCAGCCAGCCUCAUCUGAAGCUCGUGCCUGCCACUACUCCGCGGUAUACGAGUCGCCGCCAUUCACACCCCCCUCCACCCACUGUCCCCGUAAUAUACCAAGCUCUAACUGACUGCACUGCUCAAACCUGAGACUGCGGGGCACUUUCCCUGGUUUUACUUUAUACCUUACGUACCUGUCCUGUAACUUACACCACCGCCGGCGCUGCAAGAGCAUGACCUGGACCAGGACCGCAUCUCCCACCCAACCUAAUUCUCAACAUGGACCACGACGCAUACCUCGACCAGCUUCUCGGACAGCAGCCAGCUCUACCACCAGCCCAGCAUCUACCCGACCACUUCCCAUUCGCCGCUUUAGAGGACGACGAGUUUGCAAACCUCGACCUCGAGCUGUUGUUUGGACGUCAUUUUGGCCGUAACAAUCCGCCAGAAAACGACAACAACGCCGUCUGGGAAAUGCCCCCAGUGCGUAGGUCCCAGGGCAACGUGGAUCCAGAGUUGAGCACAGAAGCGUGCAUGGAAGCCGCACUCAAUUUCUUCCCCGACAUAUGUCCCGACUAUCUGCGCAAGACCGUCGAAAGUCAAAAGUGGACAGUCCAGGGCAUCGUCAGUCACAUUCUUGAUCAGCAAGAAAGCGGCAAGAAAUAUCCCAAGCGUGUCAAGUCCCUAAAGCGCAAGUGGGAGGAUACCGGUGAGGACGGCGAAGAAGUGCUCAGCAAGAAAAUAGAGGCCGAGCCAAGAUUUCAAGGCAAGACGACGGAGUACAUGAAAAAGUACAAGGGAGCAGGCAGAUCUCUCCUUGUGGCGGAGUUUCCCGACUUCAAGGUCAAGAAUAUAGAGCAACAGUUCAAACUGCACGACCAUCGCAUUUACCCAGCAUAUCUUGCUCUAUGGACCGAGCUUGCUCAGGAAACCUCGCCUUGGCGGAAAAAGUCGACAACCAGGCCCAAAAUGACGCUCGGCGACACGGUCAAGAUGUUCUCUGAGAGCGCCGACGAGGGAGAGAAAGGGGCUGUGGAAGACUUCGUGGCUGCCCGUCAAGUUUGCGACAUCAGAGCUGCCAAGGCAAGGGCGAAGAAGGCGGAAGAAGACGCCGAAGCGGCCAAUUAUGCGCAAGCAGAAGCUGACGGUACCAUUUUGGAGUGUGGAUGUUGCUUUGGGGAUUUCCCACAGAAUCGAAUGGUGCACUGCAACGCGGAGACCAUCCAUUUCUUCUGCCGCGAAUGUGCGAAGCGCAUGGCGGAGACGCAGGUUGGCAUCUCCAAGUAUCAGCUAGACUGCAUGUCAACAGACGGCUGCGAGGGCACCUUCAGCAAGAGCCAGAAGGAUUUGUUUCUCGACGGAAAGCUGACUGUGGCUCUUGAUCGCAUCGAGCAAGAGGCUGUCCUUCGCCUGGCUGGAAUAGAGUCACUCGAGACAUGCCCCUUUUGCCCAUAUGCGGCCGAGUACCCGCCCGUCGAGGUGGAUAAAGAGUUCAGAUGCAUCAGCGAGGAGUGUGGCCGUGUAUCCUGCAGGCUUUGUCGGCUGGAGACGCACACGCCCAAGACUUGUCAAGAAGUUGCGCGGGAAAGUGGACAUUCUGCUCGCCGUGAGAUCGAGGAAGCAAUGUCUGCCGCCAUGAUCCGGACCUGCAACAAAUGCAAAACACCCUUCAUCAAAGAGAACGGCUGCAACAAGAUGACAUGCACGAGGAAGGGCUGUGGCAAUAUACAAUGUUACGUCUGUUCCAAGUCGUGUGAUUACAGCCAUUUCGACGAGCCCGCCCGCGGUGGGAAGCCCGGGAACUGCCGUCUUUUUGACGAAACCGAGGAACGCCACGCACGAGAAGUUCGCGAGGCCGAAGAAGCAGCUCGCAAGAAGGUGGCGGAGGCGAACCCUGAAGUCGAUUCCUCCCUCCUCGAGAUCAAAUUCUCCGACAAAGUCAAGCAAGACGAGGCCAAACGCGCAGCUGCCCAGAUCCCUCAAAGGGGCGGCAUCUUUGGGCCCCGGAACCUACCCGUAUAUGUUCCCCCACGAAUGCAAGCAAUUGCCGUCCCGCCGAACCAGCCCAAUGCACCAGUUCCUGCCGCACCAAUGGCUCUCCGCCCCGACCAGGGGAACGAGUUGCAAAGACGGAUGCAGGGACUGAUUGGGUUGGACCUGGAGAUUGGGAUAGAGCCUCUGCCUGUUGAGGCUCAUCGAAAUGUGCAGAUGGCAGUAAUACUCCCGCCGGAUCCCAACCGGGAAGCCCGGAUGCAGCAACAGCAGGCGCUGCUGCGCGCACAAAUUCAAGCGCAGCAAAUACAGAUGGAGCAGGCCCGGAACAACUUCCGGAUACAGCGCGAGCAGGCGGCUGCCCAGCUCAACCAUGCACGCAACGUCCAGCAAGAAGCGAUGCAAAAUAUGCAACGGCAAGAACUCCAACUACAACAGCAUAUAGCGGAUCACAUGCACCGUUUUCCACAAGGGGUUGCUUUUCCUGCCGUUCCGAGACCUGCUCCCGGGCCUGUCCUGAUGAACCCCGGGCAUUUAUUUGCGCCGGCUGGAGCGGCUGGACGGCUGUUCAAUAUUGGGAAUCAUGCAUAUCAUGAACCAAACGCCCAUCACCCAGCUGCCGCAGUUGACAACCCUCAACAGGCUGUUGCGGUUCCAAAUCGACCCCAGGCUGUUGCAGCUCCAAACCUGCCCCCGCACAGAGUCGCCAACCCGGCGAACAACAAUAAUGUUAAUGAUGGUGGACCAGCUCAGCAGCAUGGUGAUGGGCCAAGACCUCUGGCGAACGACGUAAUCAACCUGACCGCGGCCCCACCAGCCCCGCGGGUGAAUGGGAAUGGUUACCGAGCAGAAUUGUACAGUCCUCGAUGGGGUCAUGGGCCUCCACCUGUCCGCUGAAGACCAGGGACAGUCGUGUUUUUGAGACGGUACCACGACGCCUCCUUGGGGCUAUUUGGAGCCUGAGCCUUCUUUUUCUUUUGUCAGGCUACGGAUCAACUUCUUCGCCUCGCCUUCCCUUCGGAUUCACCUCUCAGUGGCGUUUUGCACCUGGCUUGGCUCAUCCACCAUUUCUGUUUAUCAGUCGACAGCCUUGGUCAUCCAUUUGGCGCGUGUUUGGGCUGGGUUUUGUCGGAUUUGGGGAGUCUUGGGGGUUUGGGACGGGUUCAGCGCUGUGUUUUUUUUAUUUUUCUUGAUCGUUGCAUAUUUUUUGCUGGUUAGUCGAUAUGGGGAUUUUCUUUCGAGGAAGAGAAGAAGUACCUACACGAGGAAGGGAGAGAGCAUUGCAUGGAUAUUGUGGUUAUGCUAAGGAAAAGGGGGUAUUUAAUGCGUUGGAAUUUAUUGUUUUUUUAUUCCAAGUCCUUUGCUCGACAAGUAAGAGAAGCGGAGGGGUGGGGGCGUGGCUAUCUUGAUUCGAGUAUGAUAUGGGCAACAGGACUCUAUUUGGGUGGGUUGGGGAUUUGGGGAUCGGUUGGGCUGGUUGGUUCUUUGUAUUUAUUUUGUUUUUCUUCCAGCGGUUGGCUUCUUUAGGGAGGUAAUCUAGCCUGGGAGUUUUCGUCGGAUUUGGGAUUUGGCUUGGGGGUUGCUUUUUGUGUGUGGGUGGGGUGGUGGUAUCGGCGGAUGGGGAGAGCAGGGAGGACCGAGUUAUAUUGCUUCUCUGUCAUGUCUGGUUUGCCCAACAACAGACAGCACCUUGUCUUGGGCUUUCCUACUGCUAGACACCUCACAACCCUCACAGCAAAUAGCUACAUGAGAUAACAUAGCAUAAGACUCUCCACAGAACAACA